UGAGAUCUUUGAGACACGGACGCAGGCGGCGGCAGCGAGAGCAUCAGCAUCAAACACAGACCCGCUGUACGGGGCUCGGCAGCCUCCCUCCGUCCCUCCGUCUCUCCGUGCCCAGCCAUGAAACAGAUGUUACUGGACCUCAUGAGGAUGAGUAGGAUCUGCCGGAUGGUGCUGGCCACUUGUUUAGGAUCUUUUAUUCUGGUCAUCUUCUAUUUCCAAAGUAUGUUCCAACCAGUUAUGAGGCGGAACCCGUUCGCAGCGGAGGGCUGCUGCCGGAAAGGCUCCAGAAACGCCCUACAGGAGCUGUACAAUCCCACACAGGCUGAGUUUUCUGCGGCGGCGGUGUUGCAUCAGGCCCGACGGGAUCAGGUGACGGACACAUGUCGUGCCCACAGCGCGUCCAGCCGCAAGCGACAAGUCCUGACCCCCAGCGACCUCAAGCACCUUGUGGUGGACGAGGAGCAUGAGCUCAUCUACUGCUACGUCCCCAAGGUGGCCUGCACCAACUGGAAGCGGGUCAUGAUGGUGCUGAGCGGCCGGGGCAAGUACAGCGACCCCAUGGAGAUUCUGUCCAACGAGGCCCACGUGCCCUCCAACCUCAAGACCCUCAACCAGUACAGCAUUCCCGACAUCAACCACCGGCUCAAGAGCUACCUCAAGUUUCUCUUCGUGCGCGAACCCUUCGAGCGGUUGGUGUCGGCCUACCGUAACAAAUUCACGCUCCGAUACAACGCCUCAUUUCACAAACGCUAUGGGACGAAGAUUGUGCGGCGGUACCGCAAGAAUGCAACAACCGAGGCACUGCAGAGCGGUGCCGACGUGAAGUUCCAAGAGUUCGCUGAGUACCUGGUGGACCCGGGCACUCAGAGAGAAGCUCCGCUCAACGAACACUGGCAGACGGUCUACUCGCUCUGCCACCCCUGCCACAUCCACUACGAUCUGGUGGGCAAGUACGAGACUCUGGAGGAGGACGCCAACUAUGUGCUCAAACUGGCAGGGGUGGGUGACUCCUUGCGCUUCCCGUCGUACGCUAAAUCCACCCGUACCACCGACCAAAUGGCAGCCAUGUUUUUCAACAACAUCAGCUCCCAGCAGCAAGGCCAGCUGUACCAACUUUACAAACUGGACUUUCUAAUGUUCAACUACUCCAUUCCCAGCUACCUAAAACUGCAGUAAUCACAUGUAUGCAGUUGCGCACACGUUCCGAGCUUGUUCAACAAGGUUGAGCAAUGGGAGAAGGACUGUGGCUGAAAGACACAGAUGGGGGAAAUCAACUGAGCACUCAAAUGUAAAAUUUUACUUAUAUCCGCAGGGACGGUUGCUUUAUUUCGAGAUGACUAAGGAGCUAUCGGUCAACUGCAAAUGCGGACCACUUUGAAAGUCUUUUGAGACGGAAGUCUGAUGUAUUUGCCCAUUGAAUUGUACAUUUCCAGUGUAAAAGCCCCUGUUCCCAAACAUCAAAAGCAAUAUGACAGAUUCUGAGCUAUACCUGCUCAAAUGGUUUAUCUAUUAAUAUACUCAACCAGCCGCCGCCAUAAUUGAAGCUUCACAGAAAGGAGCGCCUAGACUAAUAAUAAGACUCGAGA